AUGGCGCCGAUGUUGGCACCGCUGAAAUGCGGCUUUCACUUCCAAAGACGAAAAUUAGCGCUGAUUAUUCGACAAAGCAGCUCCUGUCACGUCUGGAAUAAAAGCUGCGCGGGAGACGGGACGGAGCGGAAACGCCGGAGCGCUUAUGUGCUGAGUUCCCCUCCACACCUACGAACAGCAACAUGGAGCUCAAAGAGCAGCGAAAACAGUCGUCAGAUUUUGGAAGCCGCAAGAAAUUUGCAGGUGAUCGACAAGCGGACAUGUUGGCACGGACACGCAGGAGGAGGCCUGAGUGCAGAUCCGAAAAAUGUGCUGAAGGAGGUGAAUUCAGCCAAAAUCCUGUCUGCAAUGUUGUCGUACGUGUGGCCAAAAGACAGACCAGACCUGCGGGCGCGUGUUGCCAUCUCUCUGGGAUUACUCGCUGGAGCCAAGCUCACCAACGUGAUGGUGCCCUUCAUGUUUAAGUAUGCAGUGGACGAGCUUAACCAGAUGUCGGGACACAUGCUAAACCUGAAUGACGCGCCAAGCACCGUGGCAACCAUGGCAACGGCGGUGCUGAUUGGCUAUGGCGCCUCGCGGGCUUGUGCAGCGCUCUUCAAUGAGCUGAGGAACACUGUGUUCGGCAAAGUGGCCCAAAGCUCCAUCCGGCGCAUCGCCAAGAACGUUUUCCUUCACUUGCACAACCUGGAUCUGGGCUUCCACCUCAGUCGCCAGACUGGGGCGCUGUCCAAAGCCAUUGAUCGCGGCACGCGGGGCAUCUCCUUCGUCCUCAGCGCACUCGUCUUCAACCUGGGACCCACCAUCUUCGAAAUGGGCCUUGUUAGUGCCAUUUUGUAUUAUAAGUGCGGCGGACAGUUUGCAGCAGUGGCCUUGGGCACCCUGUCAGCGUACACCCUGUUCACCAUUCUCAUCACUCAGUGGCGGACCCGUUUCCGAAUAGAGAUGAACAAAGCAGACAACGAAGCAGGCAAUGCAGCGAUCGAUUCGCUGCUCAACUAUGAGACCGUUAAGUACUUCAACAAUGAGAAAUACGAAGCUGAAAGGUAUGACGGCUUCCUGAAGACCUACGAGUCCUCCUCUCUGAAAACCACCUCCACCCUCGCCCUGCUCAACUUUGGCCAGAGCGCCAUCUUCAGUGUUGGCCUCACCGCCAUCAUGCUGUUGGCCAGCAAAGGGAUUACAGCAGGUACGAUGACCGUGGGCGACCUGGUGAUGGUGAACGGCCUGCUCUUCCAGCUCUCCCUGCCUCUCAACUUCCUGGGCACGGUGUACAGAGAGACCAGGCAGGCCCUCAUCGACAUGAACACGCUCUUCACCCUGCUCAGCGUCGACACCAAGAUCAAGGAGAAGGAUCUGGCGCCGGCGAUAAACGUCACGCCGCAGGAGGCCACCAUCCGCUUCGAGGACGUCUACUUCGAGUACCUGGAGGGCCAGAAAGUCCUGAACGGCGUGUCGUUCGAGGUGCCGGCCGGGAAGAAGGUGGCCGUCGUCGGUGGCAGCGGGUCGGGGAAGAGCACCAUUGUGCGCCUGUUGUUCCGCUUCUACGAGCCCCAGCGGGGGAACAUCUACAUCGGGGGGCAGAAUAUCCGCGACGUCAGCCUCGACAGCCUGAGGAAGGUUUUGGGGGUCGUACCUCAGGAUGCCGUUCUGUUCCACAACACCAUUUAUUACAACCUGCAGUACGGGAACAUCAACGCGACACCGGAGGAGGUUUACCAAGUGGCGCGUCUAGCAGGCAUCCAUGACGCUAUCCUCAGGAUGCCCCAUGGCUAUGGCACCCAGGUUGGGGAGCGGGGCCUCAAGCUGUCAGGAGGGGAGAAGCAGCGAGUCGCCAUCGCCCGCGCAAUCCUGAAGAAUCCGCCCAUCCUGCUGUACGACGAAGCCACGUCGUCCCUCGACUCCAUCACCGAAGAGAACAUCCUGAGUUCAAUGAAGGCGAUGGUGAAGGACAGGACAUCGGUGUUCAUCGCCCACAGACUUUCCACAAUAGUCGACGCAGAUGAGAUUAUAGUGCUCAAUGAGGGUAAAGUGGCGGAACGAGGCAGCCACCAGGCCCUCCUCAGCACCCCGGGCAGCCUGUACGGCGAGCUGUGGAACGCCCAGAACAGCAGAAUCCUCAACAGCGGCAAGACCCCGCCCGAAGCGCCGGUGGAGAGGCUGUCCCAGAAGGAGGAGGAGAGGAAGAAGCUGCAGGAGGAGAUCCUCAACGGCGUGAAGGGCUGUGGGAACUGCUCCUGCUGAGAGGAGCCGCCACCUCCGUGUUCCUGCAGCCCUCACAGAUGGCCGACACUGGAAUCCCCCCGGCCUGCGCCGAGCCGGGGAGGGGGGCCGCCUCCCACUCCAGCCAGACCUCCCCCACGCAUGUGACUAUCUCUCCUCCUCCUCCUCCUCCUCCUCCUCUCCAUGUGAAUAAAGGCCACUGCUCGCCAAACUGAAGGAGGAGGAGCAGAACAGGGAGCAAGUGUGUUUAGCGCUGGCUGGUGUCCAGAGACGGAGCUUCUACGCCAGUCGUCUCAGCCGAAGCAAAGCAUAAGAGACCUUGUGCAUCACAUACGUGCGCGUAAGACAUCUGUUAGUCAACAUGGCUGCCCCCUUCUCAUUUUUUGUCGACAUCAGGUUUAUUGACGUCUUCCGAUGCGUUGGAAACGGACGAGAGUACACGUGACGACUUGCGUAUGCCUUCAAGCUGACACGGAAAUUUGUAUUAAUUUAAUUUUUUAAAUUAUUCACAAAAUACAGUGAACUUAUAGUUUGCCUUUUAUAUUGUCUGUGUGUACAUAUCACAACGUAUCCUAAUAGGAGGAAGAAACCCGGGUUGAGGAAGGCUGGCUUGCAGUAUGUUGGAAUUUGUUCAGAUUUCACUGGGUUGUAUUGUGCUUUGCUGACGUUUGUUCUAAAAAAAAAAAAAAUUAUUAAGAUUUGACAGUCUAAUCAGAGAGGAAUCAAAGCGUGAUUUGAAUGUUUUCACUGUUGAACGUACGGAAGAGCUCCCCGGUGAAAUGCUCGUAAGUCCCCGUCACAAACGUAAAUGUAACACUCAGUAAUGAGGCAGGCGCUCUAAUAAAUCAUGAAUGGUUCUCACCACAACUGGAGCCACAUAGAGGCAGCAGCUCAAAAGCAUUUUUCUUUUUUUUUUUUUUCUUUUUUGCACAAUCCUAUCAUUUAGCCUUGGUUGACUCGCCUCUUCUCAUGAAAAGUUGCAGUUGGAGUUUUAACAGUGCUACGACAGCGCUUCAGUCUGACCAAAACACAGUCCGCCUCCUGAGACUCAGUUGAAGUAUGUCCUCGUUUUCUGAGGGCUGUUCUGGAUGUGAUCUGCACACUUCCUACGGAUGCUGCCAUGCUAUUUUGUGGAUAAUUGGGAAAACCGAGAGCUUGUACGGCCUGUUUUAUAGUUGAUGUAUGUUUGUUUGAGACUGAAUAAUAAAUGUAGGUUUUUCUGUAAA